AUGCCUGUGCCAGAAUCUCCCCCCAGAAGGCGACCAGUGCCACCACCAAAAACCGAGAGUCAAGCUCAGCUUCGCCAAGAACUCACCUCCCCCCGUCGUACAAACAGAACUUCGUCAAAUCAGGAUGAGUCCAUCGAUAGGCCACAGAAUGAAGCUCCACACUCUGAGGCCCAAAGAGAAGACGCAACCAAACACUUGACCUUGCCCGAGGGAUGGAUUAUGAAAAAUGCAGUGGACGUGACAUACCAUACACAUGUUGCAAAGCCUGUUGUCCAUGAAACUAUUCACCAUAACACGACAGAACUUGUCGAACCCAGGAUAACUCGAGAAAUCCAUCACUACCACCAAUACAACUAUAUCCAACCUCUCGAGGUCGAAGUGCCCAACGACUGCUACGCCACCAACGCAAAGGGGGAAGUGAUACACGCUCCUGGCGGGCUGACGACACACGUGGGCGAAACUUCACAUUGGGAGCAGGAGCGGCAAGACAGGGGUUAUAGCCUACCUCGACCGCUCAAAAGUGGGGAGCACGAUGAAACAGACGAGAAGGAAGUUGAAGGUCGUGACAAAACCGUAGGCCCACUUCCCAUUGAAGCCGAAGGCGGUGGAGAGCGCGUACUGGAGGGCAUAAGAGAUGGUGGAGUUGCUCGACGAUUUGGUGGUGCCUUGACCUCCCCCUACACUACCUCCCAGUCCAAUCAACCCGGAUCCGCAGCAGAACCUCAAACUUGGAGACGUAGAAAUGAUGUGGACGGAACCUCGCCAUCUCAGCAGAAAUAUCUACCAGAUGUGCCUCAAGCCCGUACCCGUGGAGGCGGCUUCGAAGAGAACUCGUCAUCUCAACAACCUCACCCAUCUUACCCACCCCAAACUCCUCCACGAACAGAUGGCUCCUCCUCCACGUACAAAAACUUCUCCUUGCCCGACCCUACGCGUAAUGCCAGCCCUAAUCUGGCCGCCGACCUGGAACAGAACUUCAACCGCCUCUCUCUCCAACAUCAGCAUCCCGAAGCUAAGGCCCUGCCCUCCCUUCCCGACACCUCUCCACGUUCAACCCAUUCUAAAAGCAGUGUAAGGAGGAUGUCAGCGGACACCAAACUCAGAGAUAGAUACAGCAUGGACUCCAACCGACAUAGCUUGGAUGAUUCGAAUCCGACGAUGGACGAUGAAACAGUGCCGGAGAGAGGAUCGAGCGCAAGAAAGACGAGGAUAUACUAA